AUGCCGGCAGAAACACUUAAUUUCUGGUUAGCGAAAUUUGUUAUGGAGGUGUGUAAGGAGGAUGGAGAAUGUUAUCCCCCUCAAACGCUUUAUAGUAUUUGUUGUGGUAUUCAACGCCAUUUAGCGGAGAUUAAUGGUGUAAAUGCGUUUACGAUUUUGGACAAGAAGGAUAACAGGUAUAAAGACAUUAAUUGGCAUGCAGUAGGCUAAGUAUUGUAAGUAAUUGAGCCAUUUUGUGAAAAAUUGGGCCAUAAUCAUUUGAUUUAAUAUAUUUGGUUUAGAUUUGCUACUUUCAGAUGGGCCUUGGAUGGUGAAACGAGACAAGCGAAUUACGAAGGCGUUACUAGAAGUACAUUAGAAGUACUAAUGAGGUUGAAAUUUUAUAUAAAGAAUACUAAUGAAGUGAAAACACAUUCAGCCCCUCUCUCCCCUCGGACUGAAAUCAAAUACCGCCCCCAGGCUUUUAAUAUUGAGGAUAUAUCACUAGUUUUAAAGGUGAAUGCAUGUGAUUGA